AUGGUAGAGGAGAUGAGCGCGGCUGUCAAGAUCCGCAUGAAGGUCGUCCGCAUCAGCGAACAGGACCGGGGCGCGAAGCAGAAGCCGAAGAAGCCAAAGGUGGCUCCUGACGCCGGCGCAAACACCGAGCCGUCCGUGGUGACCUUGCGCGCUGCGGACCUCGAGACCUUCUUGGAUGGCGGCGAUCGGCCUGCGGUGCUCAUGGUGAAGCCCAGGAGCGGUCCUUGGUCCGAGGUCCGCGCGCUCUUCGCCGCCCUGUCGGCCAAGCUGUCGCGGUUUCGGUUUGCCGUGUACAACCACGAGGAGGACAUUGACGAGAGGCUGCAGGUCAGCGCAUACCCGGCCUUCUUCCUGGUGGCGGGCGGCCAGCAGGAGCCUAUCCCUGCAUCCUCAGCGGAGGAGAUCGCAGCCUUUGUGGCUGCGCGUGUGCACGGAAGAGAUCCGGCACAGCUCCGAACCAAGUUGUAUGUCGGCGCCUUGGGUGUCUUGGAGCUCGAACCGCACGAGCUUGAGCCAGUGGUGCUGAAGGACUACGAAGGGAACAACCGGGUGUGGAUCGUGAAGUACUACGCGGAGAAUUGCUCUGCUUGUAGGAGCCUGAAGCCGGAGCUCCUACGUGCAGCGGAAGAAGCAGAGACCCGGCCCAAGUGCCGGGGCGCUUUGCGCUUCGCGGCGGUCAAUGCUGACUCUGCGCUGGGGCCCUUUCGGGUCGCCUCCGUUCCAGCCAUCCUGGCCAUCUAUGCCGGCCGAAAGGUUGCUGAGAUGGAGAAGCUGGAAGGCGAGCGCAUCCUCGACUGGGCCCAAGAGCAGUGCAGCAAGCGCUGGACACCAACGCCCAGCUGGCAGAAGACUUGGCCGCAGGACCCCAUGAGCGACGAGGGGCGAAACGUGUCUCGCUGGAAAGAGCUGGGACAAGGCACUUGGUUCUUACUCCACAGCCUGGCCGCCGGCUACCCGGACCAGCCUUCAGAGGCGGACCGUAUGGCGGUCGUGGCACUUCUCGGCGCGCUGGGGCAGCUUUAUCCCUGCCCUGUGUGUCGGCGGUGGUUGCAGGACCAGCUUCAAGAGGGGCCAAAGGCCGACAGCCGGCAAUCCCUGUCACGUUGGUUGUGCGAGCUGCACAACCAGGUGAACCUGGACUUGGGCAAAGGUCUGCACUUCUGCGACACCUUCCGGCUGGACCUCAAGUACAUGAUGCAGUGCAGCAGCUCGUCCCAGGCGCGAUGGCGCGAUGCGUGA